GUUUAUGAUUUAAAUAUUCAUUGUACUAUGAUGUCAUUAAUUUGCAUUUAAAAAGGUAUUAGGCUCCAGCUCAAAGACCAUGUAUCUCAGUGCACAUGUACACACUGAGUGGAAUCUUAGCAAUUUGGUGUGGUCUUUUGAUUGUGUGCAGUGAAGGGUGAGUUGGUGGCUGUACAUGUGCAUUGAGUGUAUGGGUAUGCCUUGCAUACAGCAGCUUUGUUGUACCCAGUUCCCUUUUAGCACGCCCAGAAGAGUCGUGUGCCAUUUGUUUCCAGUCAUUUACAUGUAGCUUGCUUGCCAAACCUUUUUCUGAGAGUAGACCUCAAAGAUUGCCUACACUUUGGAAUGGUGACUGACAGCAGGCAAGCUGAGAGACCACAAUCUAGAAGUCUUUUCCUGGUUGCACAUUGCAAACAGAAGAACUUGGUCUGAUUCCUCCAUGGUCUGAUAGAGAUGCUGCAUUCCUUGACUGUUGGUGGUAUACAUGUAUCUGAUGAGAACAUACAUGUAACAACUCACACCCAGUGGACACCAGAGCCAGCUCAAGGCUAAGAUAAAUGCCCAUGAAGGAAAUACCAAGUGGUUGGAUGCGCACUUUGAUCCUGUGGCCAAUCUCUACACAUUCUCAUCAUGUAUGGCCCUUUCGGACAUUAACGGAGACGGGGAAAACAAGCUGGUUAUUGCUGACCUAGGCAGCGGUUCCUCUAACAUGAAACUAAAGGUGUACAAGGGGACCAGCCUCAUGAGUGAGAACGCCAUCAUUGAGCUACCGACAGGGGUCAGUACCUUUUUCAUGGACACCAACGAACCACGAGUACCAGCCAUUGCUGUGGCAUCUGGACCCUAUCUGUACGUGUACAAGAACCUUCGACCCUAUUUCAAGUUUACCUUGCCUCCAUUGGAUGUCAACCCAGUGGAACAGGACCUGUGGAAUCAAGCCAAGGAGGACAAAAUUGAUGUGACGGUGCUGCGGGAAAUGUUGGACAGCAUCCGGCGAGAAGGAAAUGAAGGGGCACUGACAGUCAGAUCUCUCAGGUUUCUAAUGUUGCAGGACAAAGAGCAGAUGGAAGGUUUUGCUAAUCUUCAUAAGCAGACAGCCAUCAAAAGACAGACAGUGAUAACUUGCAUGGACACCCUCAAGAAGUCCUCUGCUGAUGAGGAUGCUAUCAGCUGCAUUGUAGCUGGCACAGAGAGCAAGGAAGUCUACGUACUGGACCCAGAAGCCUUCACCAUACUAACAAAGAUGUUGUUACCCAGUGUUCCUGUUUUUAUGAGUGUGAGUGGUCUUUACGACGUGGAGUUUCGUAUCAUCAUCUCCUGCCGGGAUGGCAACAUCUAUGCCCUCAAAAGAGGAAUGAAGAUGGCGAAGCACUGCGUGGAGCUGAACAGCCAGCCUGUUGGUCUUGAAAGGGUUGGCAAGAAUAUUGUUGUAGGCUGCAUGGACCAGACUUUGCAGUGCUACACAAUGAAGGGCAAGAAGCUUUGGACCGUUUAUCUACCGUCCAGCAUAACCACAAUGUCACUUAUGGACCACAAACAGAAGGGCUUCAAAGCUGUCAUGGUGGCCUUGGAUAACUGUGAGGUCCACUUUUACAGGGAGAAGUACCUGAUCAACACCAUCAAAUGCGGGGAUGUGAUCACUGGCCUGCAGUAUGGACGCUUCGGCCGGGAAGACUGCACUUUGGCCCUCACCACGCGGCACGGUGGCCUGCUCAUCAAGAUCCUGAAGCGGAACGCCAUGUUUGAGGACAAGGAUCUAGUCAGGGGCCCGCCUCCUGCUCAAAUGCAGAAAUUGAAUGUGCCCAAGAAGACUAAGGUGUUUGUAGAUCAGACUAUGAGGGAAAGAGAGAAUGGAAUAGCAAUGCAUCGCAUGUUCCAGCAUGACCUCUACCGAUUGCGGCUUAACACAGCCAGGUCAUUUGUCAACUCUCUGGACACCAGCCUGACUCCAGUGUCCUCUAAUCCGGCAGAACCACUCAAAUUAUCUGCACAGAUCCAGGGCAUCGGACCUACCUUCAAGUUGACUGUCAAUCUUCAGAAUACAUCAAUCAAUUGCCCAUCCAUGCAGCUGCUGAUCACAUUCCUGUAUGACGAGAAACUGUAUUCCCUGCAGAAGACCCUGAUUGAGGUUCCAAUGCUGGUCCCAGGACUUAACUACUCAUUUGAGACACUGGUUGAGUGUCUGAGCGACAAAGGCAUCUCGGACGUCAUCAAGGUGUUUGUCUUACGAGAGGGGCAGAGUGUUCCUAUCAUUACAGCUGUCAUUAGCAUGCCGGUCAGCGAAACAAUGGUAGUGGUCUGAACUGUCCCACCUUACAUCCCACCCUUCCUUGACCUCAAAGGGGACAGAAUUGUGCCAGAACAGAUCUGAUAUCGGGACCUCAUUAUGCUCCGUUCCCGAACCUCGACGAGCUUCUUGGUUCCUGCUUCAUUGGCAGUAUACCAUUGGCUGCGGUAUGUUACUACGACAAACCACAGGGCAUUUCAGGUAUGCUACACAGGCCACACAGCACGAAUCAGCAAGUUAUAAUGGUAACACAAGCCCUUUUAGGGAUUUUUCAUCUAGAAUGGAUCAACUGUAAGACAAGCUCAAUGCUUUGAUCAAGGCUCAUUGGAAACGAGCUUAAUUCUAGGAGUCACUACACAAGAAUAUUUAGUAAGGAAGCCAGUGUGGCAUUUUGAUGUCAUUUUCAGUUGUUACUUAAUUUUCAGAGGUGAUGCGGGCAGGGAGGGUCAUGCAGGUGAAAAUGUAUGUCUUCACCUGCCUGACAUUUGAAAUGCAAUGCAUUGUUUAGAUCUCAAGACGACAUGAACUUUAAGGUCCAAAUUACUAUGAAACAACAUGUAGAUCAGGCAGACUGUGAAGUUCAAGUACCGUUAUGUCUACACCUGUUUUUUUGUCACUUUCAUCAUCCAAUUAGUCCCAAGAAUUGGCUGUGCUUUGAGUAGACCCAAAGGGUUUACAAGUUACGUACAUAAUUAACAGGCUUUAGAGUUCACCAACUGUUGGGCCCAAAAGACGUAAAAGCAGGAGGAAUAAGCCUUUUGCAAGUUAAAUUUUAAUCAGAUUUGGUACACUGAAUUAUCUGCUUGCUCAUAAACAUAACAAUUUGAAUUCCCCAGACUAAAGACACUGUUGCUAUACAUCAUGAAUAGGGGCAAGCUUUUGCAUAGCGACCACCAUCUGUUGAAUGGACUGAUUUCCUUUUUGCCCCUCUUUAAACACUGUAUUGUGCAAGGAAAUUCUUAAAAUAAAAUUAAACUAAAUGAAAGCUUGCCCUGAAUCACGAGGUAUAGCAACAGUGUCUUUAGUAUGGAG